AUUGGGUCGGUGCAUGCAAUAGACAACGAUGCGGAUCCAAAGAAUUCUCGAAUCCAGUACAGCAUCAGUGGGUUGGACGUUCUUCAACCUCCACACCCCAGUAGUGGCAACAGUGACGGAGUUGGUGCCAGUAGUCUAUUUGCAAUCACUUCAAAUGGAGAAAUUUACACUCGGAAUUUUCCAAUCGACCGUGAAAAGACUCCUAUACUAAGCUUCACCGUUGUUGCCUUUGACAACGGACAGCCGCCACUUUCAGCAUUUGCAAAUGUGGUGAUCCGCGUUCAGGAUGUCAACGAUCACGCGCCAGUGUGGGUCUUUCCCCAGUCCUCUAACAAUCCUAUCGUUAGGGUUAACAUAUCAAGUUACGCAACGGUUGGACGAGAAGUGGCUCAGCUGAAGGCUAUGGACGCUGAUAGUGGACCUAAUGGUGAAGUUGAAUAUGAGAUUAUUAAAGGAAACGAACAGGAAUAUUUUGCUCUUGAUAAAACUUCCGGAAUGCUUUAUCUAGCGAAACCAUUCGGCAUUGAAACAAAACUUGCUUCCAAAGAAAACAAUGAAGCAGCACAAAUGUUUAACCAAAAUACCCUAUUGUACAAGAAAUCAGCAGGCAAACCUGUCUUCCCUUUCACAGAAACUCCAGUGCACAGAAAGAUUCCGAUGAUGCAUCUGGAUGGUGACGUCUAUGACCGUUUUUCUCCAGCUGUUUUACUCUCUUCCUCAUCCCAUCCUAGCAGUCGUAAGGGCCCUUCGGUCGGUACUUCAAGUGAUGUUGUUCCCAUCGGCUACAUGGUAACAUCCAAUCCAGCACUAUUUGAGCCAAAAUUAGCUACUUACGAGUCGAUUCAUCUGCCGUCACAGGUACCUAACGACGCUCCUGUUAGCUCAACAGAAAACGAAAAAAAGGCCUACAACAGUCUUAAUUGCCGUCUCCCUAAAGAAAUCAAAGCGACCAUCGAAAAAAAAUACAUGUCGCUCAAGCCUGAAUUCUUCACUCAGGAUGUAUAUAGAAAACUGAACGUGGGUGAAGUUCGUGACGAAAUAGUCUUGAUAAAUAGGGUGCAGUGUGACCGGGAAUUGGCGAAUGGGCUUACCGGAUUAUCCCAAAAGAGGGCAUCAGUGAUUCAAGGUAGAACUGAAAAAGGACAAAUCAGCUCAAGAGUGUGUGAAGCAACGCCAAAGAAACACUGCAGAUUCGAAUUGAAAAGUAAGGCAGAAGAGACUGAGUUGCUCUCUAAAUCAAAGGUACUGUGUGGAAUACAGAAGCAGGAUGGUAAGUUUUAA